GGACUUUCUUUUUCAGUCAUCCGCCUUCUGUUUCCCGCUAGUCAGAAGUGGACUAAUCAUGGUGGACGUGGUGGAUUUGCCCAAGUCGCGCAUCAACGCUAGCAUGAUAUCUCAGUUCAUUGACCGGCCAGUCUGCUUCGUAGGGAAGCUAGAAAAGAUUCAUCCCACUGGAAAAAUGUUUAUCCUUUCAGACGGAGAAGGAAAAAAUGGAACCAUUGAAUUGAUGGAGCCGCUUGAUGAACAACUCUCUGGAAUUGUGGAAGUAGUUGGAAGAGUAACGGCCAAGGCAACCAUCCAAUGUGCAUCCUAUGUCCAGUUUAGAGAAGAUACCAGUCCUUUUGAUCUGGGACUUUACAAUGAAGCAGUGAAAAUUAUCCAUGAAUUUCCUCAGUUUUUCCCUUUUGGAGUGCAACAAGAAUCUUGAUUUUUUUUUUUUUUUCUAAUUACAAGAAACCAGGAAUCCCCCCACAUUUGAGAGAGAGAACUCUUUGAUUUCUGAUAUUUGUUAUUUUUUAAAUUCCAUGUAUCGAAUGUUAGAUAUUUCAAUCUGCAGUUUUUGAUGGAACUGAUAUAUUGACAGUUCUCACCUAAGCCCUCUUAAAAAAACUUGCUACUACAUUGUGUGGUCAGGUAAGAUGUAACAACAAAGCAUCUUGCCUUAUGUUUGUGUUUCUAUUUUGUUAAUAAAACUGUGAAUGAUA